AUGUCAUACAUCAACCAAGUUCUGGAAACUCUCCACAAAACCAGGAACAUCCCUGUCUCCAGCGCACACUUUGAACAAGCACCCUCAACCAAUAUUCUCGAUCAGAUUGCGUCUAUAUCCACCUGGUUGAAGAGCGAAGGCUACGACCGUGAAGCCACUGCACUCGGCGACGUCCUAGUAAUAUGCAAGGAACCAAAGGACCUCGGCGGUCUCGGUCUAGCGGAUUCGACCGGCGACGAAAGCAUCGCGCCAGAAAAAGAGGCGGAGAUCCUGUUCCUCAUCUCGGCCUGGUUGGAGUCUCUCAACUCCAUCGACAGAGCCAAGUCGCGCCCUGCUUGCCUAACCAUUCGACCAGCUGGUCGUCGGGGGAUGACGCUGAGCGAGAAGAUAUUUGCGCUGCAUGACAUCAAUGGAAAAGGAUGGGUCGCGCCGGGAGAGCUGAUCCGUGUGGACGUGGACUGGGUCAUUGCUUCAGAGGCUUCAUGGGCGGGCAUGGAACGCACGUAUAAUGAUCUCGGAAAACCAGGGAUCUUUCGAAACGACCGGUUCUGGAUAGCCGGGGACCAUGUCGUUGAUCCUCGCGUGAACAGUCUUCCUAAAGUCCAGGCGCUGAUCGAUGCGAGCGAACGGGCAAAGCGCGUGUUUAAGAUGACCAACUAUCAGGGGCUGAACUAUACGAUCCUCCACACCGAGUUCUACCGCGAACGAGCCCAGCCCGGGAUGAUCGUCAUCGGAUCCGACUCCCACACUUGUUCCUCAGGCGCUGUAGGGUGUCUUGCCAUUGGACUGGGCGCCGCCGAUGUAACGAUGCCUUUGGUUACUGGUGAAACAUGGAUUAAAGUGCCCGAGUGUGUGAAUAUCCGUUUAACUGGCAAACUCAGAACGGGGAUAAGUGGGAAAGACACCAUCCUCUACAUUCUGCAGCAGCUCAAACGAAACACCGUUGCCGCAGACAGAAUCGUCGAGUUCACCGGGCCUGGAGCAAAACACCUCUCGUCCGAUGCCCGGUUUGCGAUCUGCAACAUGACUACAGAAUUCGGUGGAAUCACUGGAGUCUUUGUACCCGACCACGUAACGUCGGAUUUCAUCCAAAAGAGGAAGUUGCCACGGCAUAGAGAUGCAUCUAUCUACUUUCGACCGGACGACGAUGCACAAUACGUCGAGACUCACGAAAUCGAUCUGAGCAAGGUUUGUUCAUUCAUGGCACGGUAUCCAAAUCCAGACGACGUAGUGCCUGUCACAGACCACGAAGGCAUGCCCCUGGACGGGUGCUUUAUUGGAGCCUGUACCACUGCCGAAGAAGACCUCAUACUAGCGGCUCUGGUCCUUGAGCAAGGAUUGAAGAAAGGGAUGAAGCCCGUGUCCCGAGGGAAAAGAAAGGUCGUUCCAGGCUCUAUGCCUAUCCUGCGCCGUCUUCGGGCGUUAGGGUUGGCGGGGGUCUAUGAAACUGCUGGCUUCGAGAUUGGUGUCCCGGGCUGCAGCUACUGCGUUGGGAUGUCGGCAGAUCAGGCAGCGCCUGGGGAGGUGUGGCUUUCAUCGCAGAAUAGAAAUUUUGAGAACCGGAUGGGCAAGGGGUCGUUUGGGAACCUGGCCUCAGCGGCAACAGUGGCUGCGUCGUCGUUUGAGAUGAAACUAAGAGACCCAGGGGUGCUUCUGGAUCAAAUGGACCUCGAGAGGUGGCACGAUUUGCGUGACAUUUCUGCUGAGUGUGCGGAGGGGAGGCAUACCGAUGGGCCGACGUACGUUGAACCAAGCAGUUACUCGGCUGUAGAGAUGCACAACACAGCCCCGUCCAGCUCCUCAUCAGAAUCGCAGAACAUGGUCUCUAUGUGUAAAGAUGGAAACGUGAUGACAGGAAAGAUCCAGCGUCUGGGCGAUUUUAUCGAUACCGAUGCUUUGGCCCCCGCCGAGUUCUUGAUUGAAAUGAAGAACAAUGAGAUAGCUGGACAGCACUGCUUACAAUACACUCACCCAAACUUCCGUCAACGCGUCAAGGAGGGAUUCAACAUUGUGGUUGCCGGGAAAGCAUUCGGAUGCGGUUCGUCUCGUGAACAGGCUGUCAUGGCCCUUCUAGGUUGCGGCGUGCAAUGUGUGAUCGCCAAGUCCUUCGCUUUCAUCUUCCAGCGCAACAUGCCCAAUCUUGGCCUUCUGGGUAUUACUAUGACGGAUGAAGAAUUCUACGAAGCUGCUCAGGACAGCACAAAGAUAUCUAUUCACUUUGAUAACAGAGUUGUCAGUGUGGGAGACAAACGCUACGGGUUUGAGCUGAGCCAGAUGGAGCAGAAGCUCUUCCAAUACGGGGGGAUUGCCUCGGCAUUCCAGAAAUUUGGCAAACGCCUGUUCGAGAGGAUGAUGUCUCACAGGGCAGUGCGGACGAGGGACAUCUCGCUUGGAUUUAGUGAGAGCGGUCCGGGGCAAAAACAGGACCUGGAAUGGUAG